AUGUCGGAGGGUGACUCCCAAAGCUCAGCGGUGGUCGGUAGUCCCCCCAUAAUGGACGGCUCCGAACUUGUUCUGUCAAAUCCUCAUGGUGAACACGAGGAGGAUGUGUGCGUGGUUAAUGAAGAUCACGAACCAGCUGAUACCAGCGCUGCGGUGGACUCUUUAAAUGGCAAGAUUCUAGCGACGGAUGAAAUUCCAACUGUUCAUGAAGCCCUUGCUCCCGUUAAAUCACUGAAAGUGGAUACCGCUAAGGACAAGGAGACCACGACCUCGAAGAGCAAGGGACAAAUGUCCACGAAACCGGCGGCGACUUCGAAAGGAGACCCACCAACGCCUCUUGUUAAAAAGAUCAUCAACUCUGGGACAUUUGGUACUGGCUCUGUGAAACCAGCCAGCUUGAGAGCGUCAGUUUCUGGAACUAUCGUUAUCCCCAAACCGGCCCCAUCAGCGCCUUCCUUGAAGAAGGCCGUAAGUUCCGCACCAGCCCCCCCUGCCGCACGUCCUGCUGUAACGUCUUCAACAACAAACCGAAGGACAUCCAUUGUGCCAACGGCGAAAAGUGGUGUUAUACCGACACCAAAGCCGUCAUUAUCCGCAUCUGUGAACGGGAAAUUGGGACAGGAUAAUCAAGCCAUUCGGGCAGCAGUCGUUUCGCCUACUGGUUCCACUGCGUCGACGAAGGCAGCUUCGGGGAAUCGGCCUCGUGCGUCUGUGUCUGAAGCGGUUAAGAAGGCACCUCUCCUUUCGAGGCCAAAUGCAACAACUACGAAGCCUAUCACUUCCAGCAAGCCUCCCCCUUCUUCUAGAUUGGCCGGAACGCCGACAUUAACUAAGCCCACCAAACCCACCGGCUCCAUCUCAUCUAUCCGGGAAGUAAAGGAAGAUGGAAAGGCGGUUGUUGAGCUGCAGAAUGAUCUGAGAGAGAUGGCGGAUACCCUGCAAUCGAAGACUGACGCUGUUGUGGCACUGGAGGCGCAAGUUGAAGCUCUACGGAGUACACUGCAGACGGCCCAUGCUGAGGUCGAGCUCAAAUCUUCCAUCACCUCAGAACUUGAAGAUGCAAAGAAUACCUUUCAGGCGCAACUGGAAAAUGUUCAAAUUAAGCUGAAAGAUCAACAAGAAGUGAAUGAAUUGUUGCAGACAGAGCUGGCGAAUGCGAACACUACUUCUCUUCAACAACGAGAGCUCGUCGAUAAGCUUAACGCUCGUGUGGAAACUCUCGAAGCGCAGAUUGCCUCGGCACACGCGGACUUGGAAACCUUACAAGCCAGUCACUUGACGGCUGCCUCUGACACCGAAAAGUCGGUGCAAACUGAGCGUGUAGCUUUUUUGAAGGUUCAAUCUGAACUGCAAGCAUUGGUCGAGGCAACGCAGUCGCUCAAGGCUGAACACCAAAUUGAGUUACAGAACGCCCAGAAUAACAUUACUGAGCUUGAAUCUAGAGUUGCGCAGCUGACGGGACUCGAAGCUCAAGUAACGGCCUUGAAUUUGGAGAAGGAGGAAAACGCUGGCAAAGUAUCUGAACUCGAAGUUGAAGUUCUCGAGUUAAAGGAGGCGCAGGAUGAGCUUGAAGAUAACCGGGAGCGGCUCCAGGCCAAACUCAGGGCAGUGGAAGAAAACUUGGCUAACUCUUCAGCAACCAUAAAGCUUGCAACCGAGGAGGCGGCAUCAAAGGAAGCGGAACAUUUGUCUCAACUUAACGAGCUUAAGACUUCGCAUGAGAAACAGCUUAAACUGGCGUCUAUGAAGCACGAAGAAGUAGUUGCGUCUCUUGGCAGUUUGCAGUCAAAACUUGAAGCUGCCUUAUCCGCUCAAGAACUAGCCGCCAAGGAACUCCUUGCAGCUCAAGAUAGCCAUAGCUCCCAUACCAAGGAAAUCGAGGAAGCACGUGUCCUUCAGAAAGCCCAACUUUCUGAAGAAAUGGAAGUUAUUAAACGAGAGUUAGAGGGCCAAGAGGCCACUUAUCAAUCUAAGCUUGAAGAUGCGAAACGUCAGCACGAAAAUCUGCUCCAAGAAGCAUUUGAACGUGCAAAGAAGGAAGCAGGCGAAGCUCAUGGUCAAGAGUUGCAAACCCUUCGCGAGGGGUCCAAUGCGACGAUUGAACAAAUUCAGAAAGCCAAUCAAAUUUCAUUGGAAAAUCUCAAAGCGGAGCACGCCUCAGUUCUUGAGAGUGAAGUGAAGGAUCUGAUCAAGCAGGUCAAUACCUUGACUCUUGACCUCAAGGCUACCCAAGAUGAUUUAUCCAAGGCGAAGUCUGCACUUGAAACAUCUCGCAGUGAGGUGGAAAUUUUGACCACUCAAAUCGAAGAAGCCCGCACGGCUGCGGAACUUUCCCCUCCAAUAUCGCCUGAAGCUGCAUCUGAAAUAGCUCGGUUAACCCAAGAGCUCGUUGUUGCGAAGGACGAUCUCGCCGCUGCAACAGACAUGUUGGGUUUGACGAAAGCAUCUCUGACAGAGAUGUCAGACAACCACGGGAAAGAGCUGGAAGAGGCGGCGAAGAGUCGUGCGGAAGAGGUCAUCAAACUGCGGGCUGGCCAUGACGCUGAAGUCGCAUCGUUAGCUACUCAGAAGUCAGAUCUUUUGAUUCGGCUGUCGGACUUGGAGGGUGAACUAGCUACAACCAGGGCAACGUUGGAUGCCGAGGAGCCUGCUCCGAAAAGCAAUGGCAAUGGGGCAUCGCAUGCUCAAACUUCGGGAGUAACCAAAGAGGAAUUACAACGAAUGCACGAGGCUCAUAAUCUCAAGAUCUACGACUUGGAAGCCCAACACGAAAAGGCCCUCAAGACAAUAAGGGAAGAGCUUGAGGCACGCCAUGCCAAAGUCGACGAACUUCAACUAGAGGUCGAUCGGAAGACGAUGGAAAUUCAAUAUCUUGAGCAAGAACAAGAUGAAAGCCAAGAACAAGUUACACGACUCAAUGAAGAUAUUGAAACUAUGAAGGAGAAGAUUGCGAAGCUCGGAGCUGGUCCUGAAUAAACAUUCUGGAUCGUUUGAACCGCCCCCCAUGCGACAUACUACCCUACCACUCUUGAUCAACGUUAUACUAUUUUUUGUUAACUGUUAUACCUUCAUAUCCGAUGGAUCCAUGCAAUGUUUUUUUAUCCCGCACUUCACAUACCCAUUCAAUAAUACUGGUUUCGAGUU